CAACCUUUGGUGCACCAGAUAAUGCCCAACCAACUGAGCACACCGGCCAGGGCCAAUUUUACUUUCCUCUCAAAGGCCGGUUUGGAAUGUGUGCUCCAGAGACUUCACUUUCUUCCCCAAAGAGAAGAUUUUAUUUCCCAUAAAGCUGUUUAUUUGGGUCUAGGACUGGACAUGGACAGUCAUCCUACGGCUGAAGUCUGCGCCACACACACAAUUUCACCAGGACCCAAAGGUGACGAUGGUGAGAAAGGAGACCCGGGAGAGGAGGGGAAGCUUGGCAAAGUGGGACGCAUGGGGCCGAAAGGAGUUAAGGGAGAGCUGGGCGACCUGGGAGACCAGGGCAAUAUUGGCAAGACCGGGCCCAUUGGCAAGAAGGGUGACAAAGGGGAAAAGGGUUUGCCCGGGGUUCCUGGAGGAAAAGGCAAAGCAGGUACUGUCUGCGACUGUGGAAGAUACCGGAAAGUUGUUGGGCAACUGGACAUUAGCGUUGCUCGCCUCAAGACAUCAAUGAAGUUCGUCAAGAAUGUCAUCGCAGGGAUCAGGGAAACAGACGAGAAAUUCUACUACAUCGUGCAGGAGGAGAAGAGCUACCGGGAGUCCCUGACCCACUGCCGGAUCCGCGGCGGCAUGCUGGCCAUGCCCAAGGACGAAGCGGUCAACACGCUCAUCGCCGACUAUGUCGCCAAGAGUGGCUUCUUCCGGGUCUUCAUCGGGGUGAAUGACCUCGAGAGGGAGGGCCAGUACGUGUUCACAGACAACACCCCGCUGCAGAACUACAGCAACUGGAAGGAGGGGGCCCCCAGCGACCCCUACGGCCACGAGGACUGUGUGGAGAUGCUGAGCUCAGGCAGGUGGAACGACACGGAGUGCCACCUUACCAUGUACUUUGUCUGCGAGUUUGCCAAGAAGAAAAAGUAGCUUCCCUCGUGCUACACGGUGGCCGUUCCCUGUGACUGUCACUGCUGUUCUUUUCAUGCAUCCUUUUGUUCCUAGUUACGCGAAAUUUAUCCUGAGUCGGGACAAGUGGGCAAUGCUAAGCUGAGGUUUGGAAUCUCCGUCACCAUGUUCUUAGGUGACAGUUUUAAGCGUUUUCGGACAUGGCAUAGUAUUGCACCAACAGCUCACCGAGUCCCAUGGGUCUCAAGAGAGAGUUUGCUGUUGUUAGUUGUGCAGGAGGUAAUUGUUUAUGCCUCAAAUGAAAUGUUCUCUUGGCAUUUGCUCUGUCCCCUCUCUCUAAACCGCUCCCUACCUAGCCCAGUGGAUAAUUGGGUCAGUUGGUUGGUGCGGAUUAGGAUAAUCUGCUGUUGCUCAAAGUCAGACAUAGGGGAGGGUCUUCUGUUUCUAGAAAUGCCAAGGUAUUAUCUGUCUUUGAAUCUGAGAUCCCCAGUUCUUUGACUGGUCAUCUGCCAUAGCCAUACCCACACUUGCAAGGUGCCCACAAACAUAGAAACAUUUUGACGCCAACCUCAAUAUGAGGAACUUCUAGUCCAGUGACCUGCUCCAGGCCAUAUGGAAUCACACAGGCUCCUUUUGUGUUUCUGACCUAUAAUCUUCACUGAAGAAUAUCAGCAGUUGCCCUGGUUCCCUUCCUGUAGGCCCACAACUUACUCCCUCAGAUAAUUAACUCUCUGAUGUGAGGGAAAGGAACCUUUAGAAAUUAAAAAGAACAAAAAAAGAGAGGGUUUGUUCUCAAACAGUAUGGUUUAUAAUCUUCCUGCUGAAUUGCUCCCUGCUAUCAAUAUGGCUCCAUUUCUCCUUGUCUUAGGUUGACUCAUAUCAACUUUCCUCCCUUAAUCAUGGAGAAUGAUGCAUGGGGUUCGUGAAGCCUUCAGAAAACUCUAGAAGCUUCCAGGUGCUACCAACGUCAAGUCUCUAAAUCCCCUCCUCCCUACCUCUAAUGUGUCACUCAGGGUGACAUUUUGUAGGAGGCCCUUUACUUCCAUAACUAUGUUAUAAAAACACCCCACAGCAGUGAUGCCCUUUCUAGUACUCUGACAUCACCGGAAUGUGUCAGGCUUGGAACUUGGAACAUGCCUAGGCCUCACAUUUACUGAGCUGAUGAAAUUCUACUUUGAACUACAGAUCAAGCCUCUAAGCAGCUUUCAUUUGGAAUCUAAAAGUAAUCAGCUCAACAAAACUCCAGUUCACCCUUUUUUAAAUUGCUGCUCCAGUUAUAGUUUGUGACAUAUGAUCAGACUCUUUAAAAUGCUGGCAAAACUGUUAAUGAACUUAGAGAAACACAUCAACAACAGAUGUUCACCUUAAGCCGUCUGUUCAUGAUUUCAUCCAUGACUAACUGGUUAUGAGAUAGGAUUUAAUCAGGUUAUUUCUGUGGGUUUAACGAGGGUCACAAACUCAAGUACUGCAGGGGCCAUACAGAUGACAUAAAUAAAUGAGGUGGAGCAGGUUGGGAUCCUGAUCCACUGAAAACAGCUUGCCCAUCUGAAGGAACCAGCGGCUCCUCGGUGGCUGUUAUUUUUGCCAUGGAAGACCCAAUGUCACUGCAUGUCCUGAUAUUUCAAGAGAAAUCAGAGAUCUGGAAUUUUAGAAGAUAUCUUUAUAUUUUUCAAAGUUGGCAUCUAAUCUAUUUUUAACCCAAAUUUUAAGCCGUACAAAACCGUCUGCUAGCCAAAAUCGUGACCUUUCCACUUCUUACCUCUUAGGUAAAGUUCUAAAGUUUCUAACCAUAGUGAAUGUCAUUAGGAUACAGUGACAUCAGAGUCAAGAUCACCCAUUAAUACCUCAUUCAGUUCAGCUCAAUCACAGGAAUUUCUUCAAUGUUUGCCACUCAUCAAGUUAAUAAACUAGUUACUUAUUCAGGCUUUUGAGACUGUGGCUUAUGAUAUUUUGAAGGCAGGAAGUUUAAUAAAAAUUACAAAGAGAACACUAUUACCAAAACCAGUAUCUUUGGGUAGAAUGCCAGCCAAGAGCAUGAGGCACAAGGCUCUAGAAAUGCUUGGAGAAAAGAAGUGAGGAGAGGGGAAAUGGACGGUAAACCUUGCCUAAGAUCUCCAUUAGGAUUGAUAUUCUAAUUUGCUCUGAGACCCUAAAGUAUAAUUAUUUGUUGUGUGUAUUGUAAGUGCUAUUGUGAUUUCUAUUAUGAUUAUUAUAAUAAUAACAGCAUUUUCCAUGGCUCAUCUUUGCUGCCAAUGCUUCCAAGAGAAAAUCGCAGAGCUUCAAAGGAUAGGACUCAUCAUUCCACCUUGCCUGGAAGAAAUUUUGAAGGCACCACACACUUAAUUAGAUUUAUUAUGAAACUUGCUUUGUGUUUUACAAAAUAAACACCUUCACAUAUCAUAUCUCAUGUCAUUUU